GGUGUUCACUGUGAGAGACAACGUAGCCCAGUUUAAAGAAGUUUCUUUCAACAUGGUGGGAAAAUACCUUGCAAUGAAGACCAAAAAUGCUGGAAAAUCCUGCACAACUGCUCCUGAUGACCCCACUCCCAAAGCUGCAUUUGCUCAAAGCCCUCCUCAGGCAAGUAAUUUGUGGGAGAAGAAGAAGCCUGGGCAAUGCCUGAUGGCCACUGGAAGCAUAGUAAUGAUGGUGGGUAUCAUCUACAUCGCCUUGGAUUGGUUCCUCCACCGUGACAAUCCCGACUUGCUGUUGAAGCAAAUGCUGGGCCUUUUCCAGGUCGCGGUCGGGCUUAUUUUACUGUUCACUGGUUUCUUCUUGUAUGAGAACAUGAGGGAUGAUGGAAGCAUCAACAAAAGUAUGCUACACGCGUUCCGAGUUUCACCAAUAAUGCCAAUUCCAUCACUAAUACCAGUGAAUUUAUCUGAAGAAGUGUGGCAGGCCAGUGAGUCCCAGCCUGACGGCCCUGCGAAAGAUGCUGAUGCAGCACUGCCUCCAUAUGAUGCUGUGGAUUAUGCCAACAACGCAGGAUUUGCGCAGCCAGGCUACGGAAGAAGCAGCCCACAGAAGACAGGAGAUGAAAAAGGGACCAAUGACGAGACCACCUGCUCAAAUCCACCUGCAUACAAAGACAUCACCCCUUCCUCUGGCAAAUGCAGCACUCUCUAAAUAUCUCCUGAAACUCAUUAGGAGUGUCACAUCUGCCUUUGAUUUUUCCUUUUUUUUUCUUCUUGAUAAUCAAUUAAAAGAUGUCAUGUUAAAGCGAUUUAUUUGAGCAUGUCCUGCAACGUGAAGCUCCCAGUAUCUGUGCUGUUUCACUCCUCAGCAAAACAAGUAUAGCUGAGCUUGUGCCACGUGUGUUAUCGUGGAGGCUUCACGUAAUAAUUAUGUAUGAAAUCCUGAACUCCGCUAAGACGAGGCUCCCUGGAAGAAAACCUCAUUAAGAUCGAGAUUUAUGUCCAGGCCUCUGUCUGAGCGCUCGACGGUUUUGGAAACACAAGUUUAUAUUCAGCUUAGAACACACACACACAUACCACUCAUCCUGUGCGUGUUUCUCGGUGACUGCACAAAACACUGUACAUGCCCAGUGAAUGUUAGCAGAGGAAAUGCAGACUCUUGCCUGACAUAAACAUGGGGAUAGUUUACCAGAGAGCCUUUAGAAAAGUUCUGUUCUCUUCAGGCUCUUUGUUGGGGGUAAAUUAAUAACAAAAGAAGAAGAAGAAGAAAAGAAAACUUUACAACUAUGUCACGAAUUUUGUCACAAUUCUCACAUCUGUGUGUUGUUUAGAGAAACAGAAUGAUCACUUCAGAAUGCAGCAGACACAUCUGUGUCAAAAUGGGAUUUGUGUAAAAUGUGAUAAAUGAA